CACGUGAUCAGUGGGUCAGCUGACAGACAGGGAAGCUGCAGGGAAGCGGACCUCACUCACUCACAACACAUCACGAUGAUAAAACUGCUGGAGAAAAUCACUCCGACUGAGAGUCUUAAAUUCCUACACAGGGUUGUAGAUGGUUUAUGUGGAAGAAGUUACCCAAGGAGGAUCGAGUAUGGUGAAGCAUGGAGUCUGACAGAGUUUGGGGAGUUGACAAACUCUCUCUCCAAAUUCUUCACAGUUGCUGUUGGGAGAAAGUGUUCGGAUCAGGAGGUACAAGAACUGCUUGGUGAUUUGGACUCGGCGCAUGCAGCUGUUGUUCUGCAGUGUGUGCACGCCAGGCAGGAGGAGAUCAGACUUUCUUUAGUGGACAGAACCAAUGGAAUUUCCAGCACACAACUGCAAGACUUCAACUGGCAGAUAAAACUCGCAUUAUCCAGUGAUAAGCUGUCCUCUUUAAACACUCCUCUAUUGAAUCUCAGCCUGGAUAUGAAAGAAAACGGACUCCAGAGAGCUGUGAAUAUAGAAAUGAACAAAGAGGAGCUACAGACGCUCAUCAGCACAUUGGAGGCUGCUAAUAAGGUAGUCCUACAGUUAAAAUGAACCGAGCCUUUGAACAGCUGCAGUUCACACCCUAGAGGAGAUAUGGAUCUGUAAUGGCAUGCCCCAGGAGAGAGGAAGUGUGGGGCAUUCUGGGACGUUACAGAACAGGAUAAAGAAACUAAUAGCCACAGCAUGGACUAGAGAUCUAUCUUCGUUUGAACUUGCUGACUUUUUUGUGAAGUAGAGACAGGAGUGGAUAUUUGUGAAUGUGUUGAAACAAGUCCAAGGGUUGAUCCAACUGGCUGUUGGCAGAACAGUAAAUUGCUGUGGCUCAAUGUAUCUCUGUAACUUUUUUAAACUACUUGUACUUUGUUUUUUCCCAAAACAAACAUCUUAUGUAACUAAUUCAUGUUACUGCUGUUAAAAAAAUGAAAUUUAAAUACUACUCAUUCUUUAUGAAUAACCAUAUCAACCA